GCUGGUUAUCGGUAAUAUGUUAUUUAUAAUUCAAAGAUAUAGUAUUAUCUUCAUUAUUCAGGAAAUUAGUCAGUUUGUUGUGAAGUGUUAGAGAACGAUUGUAUUGUAACUAUUAAUGAAAUGCAGUAUUUAUCAUUAUUUAUUGUAUUAACUUUUUGUAUAGGGUUUAUUUUAAGUGGUCAUUUAAAUAUAUUUCGCCAAGAUCAACAACUACAAUCUUAUUAUGGUUAUGUGCAUAAUCCAAGUCGAUUGCUUGUCUGCAUCAGUGAUGAUCCAAGAGAUGCAGUUAUUUGGAACAAUCAAAUAGAAUGGAAUCCAUCUUCUUCUGAUGAAGUGUACAACGAUGAUUUAACCGAUUUCGUAUUUCCUACUAAUAGAAGUAAUGAAGAAAAACUAUGUGACAUUGACAUUGAAUCUUGGGAAUGUUUUUCUGAAUGGAAUCAUCAUUAUUUUCAAUGGAAUAAGACAUAUUCAUUUCAUGUACCCAUGGGUCCUGUUUACGAUUGCCGCUGGGAAAAUUUCAAAGAAUUCAGUAAGCUUGAUGAAACCGAUCCUAAUUUCAAUCCCGUAAAAAAAAAUAGAGAUCAAAAUUCUACGUACUUUUCAUUCCACGAAAGUGGUGCUUUAGUCGUUUCAAUUCGAGGAUCAUCAAAUGCUCAAUUUUUAUUGUGCAAAAGUCAAAAUUACAUUACUUCUUUCUGUUACUGGGUGAUUAUCGGUGGUUGGGGUAAUACGAUUACUGCAAUUAGAAAAUGCGAGAAUGGAAUACCAUCAGGAUUGCCAGUCGCUGGAUCAAAUUGUAGUGUCUUGAGAGCUUCUGUAACACAACACUUUCCACUAAAUGAAUUCGAAUGGAAGACAUUUAUAAUUGAUUGGGACCGUAAAAGUCAAACUAUUAAAUUAUAUAACCCAAACGAAUUAAUUUUAUCCUACACCGAUCCUGAUUUUACAUCGUCAAAUAAAGUUGAAAUUCAUUACGUAUUUUAUGGAAAUCCAGACCCUAAAAUUAAGAUGCUUUUCCGUUUCCACGAGUAUCACUAUAUUCUGACAAAUCAGCUUGAUGCUAAACUAACUAGUCCUCCAGUAAGUGCUGAUAACUUCCAUACGAUCUGUAUCGAUAUGUUAAUCGGUUUAUGUUUAGAAUGUGAGCUGCUUGUGAAUUUAGUUGAUGGAAAUGGCACAAAACAGAUAACGGAACUCAUUACCAGAUCACCUGCUUACCAUAAUAUCCAACAUGACUUACCGACUUGGCAAUAUUUUCGAAUAAAUGCUUCCAAUGUUGACAACUAUCCAAGUCCAAUUACAUUAGAGUUUAUUACAAAACUUUCAACCACUGGGAAUGAUAUAAAGCAUCAUUGGGCUUUAACUCGAUUUGAAAAAUGCUUACCGAACCAAGCCGUUAAAACAAUAGCAACAAAUGUUAUGGGCCUGAAUAAUUAUCCAUUUCUAUCCUGGCCAAAUGUGACGUGUCAAAGAUUUUCCUACAACAAGCAAAAUGAAGAAAUACUUAGUUCUAUUGCAAAUUUUUACUACCCACCAGAAGAUUUUCGUCUUUGUCCAAACUUUAGUUUUGGACCUCAUUGCGCAACACCUUGCAGUAAAUAUUUUAAUUAUUUUUGCAAUCAUUUAACAAUGUGCACGCAAGAUGGCUGUUUUUGCGCGCAAGGAUACAGCGGUUUCAAAUGUCAAAAAUCUUGCGAACGUGGAUCAUUUGGCUACGAGUGCCGAAAGUUAUGUAGUAAUUGCAUCGCCGAACGUUGUGAUGCAUAUGAUGGAAGAUGUGAUUCCGGGUGCAUUGAAUCUCCAGAUCGUUUUCACAUUCCUCCGUACUGUGAUAUUGUGAUUGAGUCACCACCAAGUCCUAGUGUUGAUCACAUCAAUGAGACAACAGUUCGAGUUUUUUUACUAGAAUUAAAUGAAUAUAAACACGUUAUAAUUUUAUUCAUAUUUGAAAUUGAGUCAGACACAGAAAACAGUCAAAGUAAAUUGGCAACAGAAGAGUAUAUAAAGAUUAAUAACAUAGAAAAAAAAAUUUAUUCUGCUGUUUUUACAAAUUUAACUGUCGGCACAAAGUAUUCAGUGAGAUCAUUAUCAACUAUACAUUAUGAUGAAAAUCAAUACAAGCAUAUGGAAGGUGCAAGAAAAACUUUUUCAACAUCAUGCGAUUGGGAUUCAAAGUUUGAAAUAAAACCCGGAGAAAGAAGUAUAUUACUUGAACGAGUAUCUCAAAAGCAACACUCUCCAUGUGCUGAUAAUUGGUAUUCUGUAGAACUAGCAAUGAUUUCUUCCAGUACUAACAAAUCUUAUUCAAUUGAUAUAAAUCACAUACCUCAUAAGUUUCCGAUGUUAUUUUCAAAUUUGGCUCCAUAUACAGACUUCAAAAUUUGUAUUAGAAAUUUGGAUGUUAAAUUUAGCUAUUAUCAGCAAGUUCAAACAUUAGAAGCAGAACCAUCUGAAGUGGAGCUGAUAAAACCUGACUCAGUGUAUGCAACCGAAGCAAUAAUUGAGUGGUUCCCUCCAAUAUUUCCAAACGGAAAAAUACUUGGAUAUAAUUUAACUAUUCAGGUAAUACAACAUGCUGGAUGUGAAGAUAAUUAUUUGAUUACUCCUAAACACUUGAUAGACCCACGGACUGUAAUAAUAAAUGACUCUGAAACUUUUCGAAUGUCGUAUAAAUUUAUUAAUUUAAUUCCGUAUGUCAUGUAUGAAAUUACGAUUCGUGCUUUUAAUACCAAAAUUGGAGUUGAAAGUAAAACACGCAUGGAUACUGAUCAGUUAGAAAUACCAACGGAGAUAUUUGAAGAUCUUAAAUUUGAAAAUGAUUUAAUAACAUGGAAAAAACCAUCAAAUUGCUCAACAAUCACAGGACCAAUUGUCGAUGCUCGAUUUCUUUUAGUGGGAUUGAGUCAGUCUGUUAAAAACUUUAGUUAUCAAAGUUUAAAAGGAGAAUUUACUGUGAAUUUAACAAAUAUUGACGGGAUUUAUGGAUCAGAGCAAUAUCGUGCUCGGGUAUAUGUUCUUCAUUAUCCAAAACGAUUACACAAUGAAACGGCUUACGCAGAAAUAUCAUUUGUUACUAAUCCGCGUCCUCCGCCAAAAGUGGAACUAUUGGAGAUCAUUGAAGUUAAUCAACAGGAACAAACAUUGAAAUUGCGGUGGAAAAAACCUACACCGCCAACGAAUGGAGAAAUUAUUUAUUAUGCUAUUAGAUUUUCUGGAAUAAAUAUUGAAACUACUGACAUUGCUUAUGUUUACCCCAAUGAAACAUGUCAAUUGUGGACAGAUUUAAUUUGUGCAGUAAUUAAGCAACCCUUUGGAACUCGCGAAUUCAUUGAGGUGAGAGCUUACAAUAAAGACGUAAAUAAAGCUGGUGAUGUAAAUACAGUUGAAUAUCAACAUCAUGAAGGAGCACCAAGCUUACCUGAAUUAAUUUCAAUCAACGAAAUAAAUAAAGGAGUAAUUGAUAUACAAUGGAAACAUCCUUACAUUACUGGAGGGCCUUUAAAGAGUUUUAUGAUUAAUGUUGAAAUCAUUUCAUCGAGAUUAGAGAAACUAAAGGAUUAUUUCCACAAAAAUGUUAAGAAUAUCGACCUCCCAAUUCAAGAGUAUAAAAAAGAUUACAGUACUCGAGUAUACUUAUUACCAUCUACUUUGUAUAAAAUAUCAAUAAAAGCAACUACUAAAUCACAAAAUGGUUCAGAAUCUAUUGCUCAUAUUGAAACUCGUAGUACAUUAAGUUUUGAAUUUGAACCACAUUUAAUAGUUGGUGAUGAUGAUUCAACAAUAAAACUUGUAAUCCCAUCAAUCAUAAAUAACACAGUAAAUAGCCUUCUUAAUAUUGUGGUUAAAGGAGGAUUAAUGUGUGAACAAGGCGCGAUUUUAGAGUUAACUCUUGAGACUGAUGUUGGACUUGAAUAUCAUGAAUCAGCAUGGCUUGCUGCUUCUUUUACAACUCGCAAAAAAGUAAAUCGAAUAUUCGUGGUUGGAGAUGGUCAGAGCUAUAAUGGAAAUAUAAAUUGUCCACUCCAUAAAGAGAUCUCGUACGUUAUUGUAAUUGUAGUGUAUGAAAGUGAUACAAUAAAAUCGAUCAUUUGGAAGUCACCGUCAUUUACUGUGGGUAUGAAUUCCAAAAAGUCUUACAUUUUGUAUUGGCUCAUUCCAUUACUGCUACUCCUCAUUGUUUUCAUUGGGCUUAUAUAUUUUUAUGUAAAGAGAGGUGAUUCGACUGCUAAAUCCGAUCGUUUCUUAGUACGUCACUUAAACAAGCAAGUAAAGAGUGUAAAUCGAAUACAUACUGUAUCUCCUGACAUGUUGGAUCAUCAAGAGCUCAUAUCAUUAAACCCUUCAACUUCUAUUGAAGAACUCAGUUCUUUUACACCGUUCUCGGCAAUGAAUAAAAAUUUUUAUAACAGAAAUUAAUAAAAAAUAAUAAAAUAUGAAAAAUUAAAACAAAA